UUCAGAGUGAUAGACGAGAGUCUAAGAGACUAAGAACCGAAAAGUCAAAGUCCGCUUUUGGACUAUUUUAAAAGUUUCGUAAUAAAAUUUUAUUUUAUUUUCAAUUGACAAUUACUUUGAUAACUUCGCAAAAGUUUGCACGUUACAACUGGUUAUUAUUGCAUUAUGUCUGUUUUACGACGUGUACUGUGCCAAAACAGGUGGUUACCACAAACCAGAGCACUUUCCACUCAAGGGCCCUUAGUGGAUUUAAAGGUGGAUAAUGCCGGUGUGGCUGUAAUGACUUUACAAAGACCACCCGUUAACAGUCUUAACCUGGACUUACUCAAAGAAAUGAGCAAAUCAUUAGACGAAAUUGCAAAGAAUAAAAGUAAAGCCAUGAUUUUAACAUCAGCAUCACCAAAAGUAUUUUCAGCAGGUCUUGAUAUAAUGGAGAUGUAUAAACCAGACCUAAAACGGGUAGAGGAGUUCUGGACAACUCUUCAAGAAGUUUGGUUUAAAUUGUUCGGAUCAAACUUUAUAACCGCUGCUGCAAUCAAUGGUCAUGCUCCAGCGGGCGGUUGUCUUUUGGCUAUGUGUUGUGAAUAUAGAGUUAUGACUGGUGGCAAUUUCUCGAUUGGCCUGAAUGAGACCGCUUUAGGGAUUGUCGCCCCCAAUUGGUUUAUGGACACCAUGACCAAUACCAUUCCUGUGAGAGAAGCUGAAUAUGCACUCACAACUGCUAGGAUGUUCAAUGUUGAAGAGGCUUUAAAGGUUGGACUCAUAGAUGAAGUCGCAACUGACAAAGAUGACGCUAUUGCUAAAUGCAAAGGAUUCAUUGGGAAGUUCGAUAGAAUCCCGGCACUGGCUCGUUCCAUCACGAAAUUGAAAAUGAGACAAGCUGCUAUAAAGAGACUACAGGACGGUAGACGUGAGGAUCUGAAUGAAUUUUUACAGUUCGUCCAAAAUCCUAAAAUCCAGAAGAGCCUCGAAAUGUAUAUACAGUCAUUAAAAAAGAAAGCUUAAAUAUUUUACAGUUUUGCUUGUGCUAGUCCGUUUACAGUUUUAUAUUGAAAUAAUCAAUAAAUAUAAGUGAAAAUGUUGACCAGAGAUGUUUAUAAAUAUUAGCAAUCUGCAAAAGUAGAUUAUAAACAUUGCGAAAGUGACCUUAUUACAUCGUUAUCAUCUUUUUUUUGUUAACUAUCAUAAAAAUAGAAAUAUAUUAUACAAAUAAUAUGACAUAAUAAUACUAUACAAUUGUUUAAUAAAUAAUUUACAGAAUAA